AUGCGUGGGGUUGUUGACAUAGCUAUCCAGACAGUUAGUUCCAUCCCGCCCGCCCCAUGGCAGCCUCGCACCAUGCAUGUCCUCUAGCCGCCCUCCUGCCGGUAUAAGGUGCGGUGUCCUGGGUUAGUCUGAGGGUCAGAUUACUUUUUUUUUCUGCAAUGAGGGGGACUCUCAAAUUCUGCUCUAUGACAUGGGCAAUGACAAGGACCAUUAGAAUACCCAUGGCUAGAUGGAGAAAAGUCACAGUUCCUUCAGGAUGCAGGCUCCUCUGUGUGACACCUGCAGACCCUCCUCCUACUGGGGACAGAUAUAAUGUGUCCCGUCUACCAUUCUCCGAAGUCACAGCCCAGGAUCUCAACUACUUUGAGCAAGUGGUUCCAGGCCGAGUAGUCACCGAUAAAGAAGUCCUAAAAAGUCACAACAUAGAUUGGCUACGAACAGUGCGUGGCAACGGUAAGGUACUUCUUAAACCUCGAAAUACAAAAGAAGUGUCUGAGAUUUUGAGAUAUUGUAAUGGAAGGAAUCUAGCUGUAACCCCUCAGGGUGGCAACACGGGAUUGGUUGGGGGCAGUGUCCCAGUGUUUGAUGAAAUAAUUAUCUCCACUGCUCUCAUGGACCAAGUGAUCAGUUUGGAUAAUGUCUCUGGUGCUCUGGUAUGUCAGGCUGGUUGCAUAUUGGAGGUAUUGAAUCAGUAUCUGGAAAGGCACGGAUAUACAAUGCCUCUAGACCUUGGUGCAAAGGGAAGCUGCCAUAUUGGAGGCAAUUUGGCAACAAAUGCUGGUGGGCUCAGACUUCUUAGAUACGGGUCCUUACGGGGGAGUGUGCUGGGAUUGGAAGCAGUCCUUCCUGAUGGAUCCAUACUGAACUGCCUCAACUCUCUCCGCAAAGAUAACACAGGAUACGACCUAAAGCAGCUUUUCAUUGGCUCUGAGGGGACUUUGGGUCUGAUAACAGCUGUGUCAAUUCUCUGUCCACGCAAACCCAAUUCUGUCAAUGUGGCACUGCUGGGCUGUGAGAGUUUCAGUAGAGUGCUGCAAGUAUUCACUAUGUGCAGGGAUCACCUUGGAGAAAUUCUAUCUGCCUGUGAGUUCUUCGAUGCCGCAUGUAUGAAGGUUGUUAAGAAACAUCUCAAGCUCAGUAACCCUCUACCAGCCAACAACUUCUACGUACUAAUAGAAACAUCUGGAUCCUCUGCAUACCAUGAUGAAGAGAAACUGAAUAACUUCUUGUCCAAGGCCCUGGACACGAGUUUAAUCACAUCGGGGACAGUAGCUACAGACCAAAGCAAGAUAAUGAGUCUCUGGGCUCUCAGAGAGAGGAUCACAGAGGCGUUGGCGCAUGAUGGCUAUGUGUACAAGUAUGACUUGUCAAUGCCGGUGGAAAAACUGUACGAGUUGGUUGAAGAAACAAGGAUUCGUUUGGGCACUGCUGCUAAAACUGUAGUUGGCUAUGGACAUCUAGGUGAUGGAAAUCUGCAUUUAAAUGUCACGGCAGAGUCACACAGUGAUACCUUAAUGACUGCUCUAGAACCCUUUGUCUAUGAAUGGACAGCAAAGCACAAGGGUAGCAUCAGUGCAGAGCAUGGCCUUGGAUUCAAAAAGAAAGACCACAUACACUACAGCAAAUCAGGAGAAGCUGUAAAUCUGAUGCAGAAAAUCAAAUGCAUGCUAGACCCAAAAGGCAUCAUGAACCCAUACAAGACAAUACCAUCCUCUGAUUAAUCAUCACAGAUUCUUAAAAGACAAUACAGGACUUCUUCUCAAAAUUAUCAUUUAUGUAAAGGAAAUGCAUGGGGUGGCUGCAAAUGACAAGUGUUUAUUUUAAGGAGUCUGUUUUAAUACCCUGUGUCUUGCUUAUGUUGGCAUUCAGAAAGAUCUACACUGCAGUAAAACUAUUCUGUUUGAAAAAACAAAAAAACUAGAUUGUCUAGAGUUAAGAAAGUCUGGGUAUUGCCAUGGGUGGAUAUAGAUAUCAGCAAUUGUUUGAACUCUAUUUUAAAGAGAUUGGUCAAGACUAAAUAAAACAUUUUCUGACCCAUUUUUAAAAUUGUAAGUCCUGAUAUAGAAUAUUUAUAUAAAUAAUGCUUUAAAAAUUAAGCAAAAUUAAAGAUAGCCUCUACAAGACUGUCACUGACCAGGAAGAGACUACGUUAACAAGCUGCUUCUGGUCUAAUCUUACCCAUAUAUCUUUAUACAGUCACAUUUCCACUCAUAAUCUGGGAUGAGUGGAACUGCUUUAUAAAUUGAUGGCAGUUAUUUUUAGAAAUUGCUGCAGUUAUAAGUCGCCCAGGGGAGUGGGUGUGGGGUACGUCCUGUUUCAUAUCCAUGGUAAUGAUACAAAGAUUGGUGGACUGACUAUUCAAUUUGAACCCUGUAUAAUAAUACAGACGAAGGAACAGUGCACACAUAAUAAAAUUUUUAAUUUUUAUAGCGCUACUUAAAAUCAUUUCUUAGCAAACAAAUAUGGAGAUUCAGUUCCACCACACGGCCAUAAUGUGUUAAGCCCACCACUACUUCACAGUAUUCCAAUAUUGGUGGGUCCUACACGAAUUCCAGUGUGGGAGACAAUUAAAUAGUGCUAGUGCUGUAAUAGUAGUGUUGUAAGAGCAUUGUGAAUAUAUGUAUUUUAUGCUAAAUUGUCAUAAACACACAUUACCAAAACAAAUGCAGUAUCAAAACUAAACAAUUAAAGUGUUAGUGCCGCGAUGUAUAUACUAACAUUGCAUAUCAUAUCUGCUCUAUACCAAAUAGAAAUUAUAACUAGAGUGACAGUACUAUCCAAAACCUCCCUUUCAUUAGCUCAAUUAGCACUACCACUUUUUAAUUUGUCUUCCACAUUGGAGUUAGUGUAGGACCCACCAAUAUUGGGAUACCGGUGGGCUUAACAGAUUAUGACCAAAUAGUGGAAUUGAAUCCCCAUAUUUGUUUUCCGAAAUAGGGAAUUUUAGGUAGCCUUAUAAAAAUGUAAACAUUUAUUUUUUGUGUGUGCUGUUCCUGAAUCUGUAUGUGUAGAAUUUGGUCUCUACGGCAGCACCAUUCCUGUAAAAUGUUCCGGGUGUGUCCCCAUUUCCUUUUUGUCUUUAAAUGUUUUUUUAAUCAUUUUUUUUUUUUGGAAGACUUAAUGGAUUAAAGGUCAUUAUUAGUAGUAGUAUAUUUGCAGUAUCAGUUAUACAGUGGCAAAUUACUGACAAGCAAAAUAAUGCAGACAGACACAACAGAUGAAGAGGGCCCUGUUAAAAUGAUCUUACAAUCUGAGGACGUGGAGUAAAGGAACACAAGAGGAAGGAAAUGUGACAAAGUAUUAGAGCUUUAUGGUUGUAAUACAUUUCUGCUGCUCUAGUAUUUAGCCCUUGAGCUAACAUUGCAAUCUCCAUUUUCUAAUAAACUCCAUUUCGUGAAGAUGGACCUGUCAUAUAUGCUAUGCUAAAUCAAUAUAUGUGGCAAGAGUCAGAUAAUUGGUGAAAUAACUAUGGCCUUGUUCUAGCUAAUUUUCAUAUGUACUUUGUUACGUAAAUUAGGUGACUUGAUAUCUACAGCCAUGCUUUCUGCA